AGCAAGAAUUUAAUUUGAUUUGGUUAUGUCUGGAAAAGUGGUGGAAUAUCACUUACACAAGUUCAAUGAGUAUCAGUGAAAACUGACUAAAGCACUCUUAAAAAUAAAUUUGGCAGCACAUACACUUCAGUGUCAUCACCCCUGAAUAAAGGAAACAAACAGCCAUCUCUUGAGGCAGGAUUUCUUUUGACUCAUUGAAAGGCCUUCAGCCUGUUCCCAGAACUUGACCUAAAUAAAGUUACCACUCCUCUGUUUCUGUCCUUAAAAGCUUCUGAAAUGGGUGUAUUCAAGUAAGGACCGCCCAUUAAAUGGUCGGAUUGCAUCCUCUUCCUCAGUCUUUUUAAGUCCUGAGUAUUGCUACACGUAGGAGUUGCCAAAUUUUCCCCUUCUGGCUGUAAACAGAACUCGUGCAGCAAAUUCCAGAUUUCUUUUAAAAGCUUUCUAACCUCCCUCAGCAUUUCACAUUUCUUUUCUCACCACGACUGGCUGGCUGUCAGCGGGGAAGACAUAAACAUCAUGAACACUACAGCGUUAUUUGCAGCCAGUCCUUGUUUGUAGCUGCAAGUAUGGCAAUUUUCAAUGAUGUUUUUACUGCGCUAAAUUAAGCCUGGGCUUUUGGGAGUAAUUGCAAUGGCUUCCUUUAAUGCAGCAAUAAUCCUUGUUAAACACCAUACGUGCCGCGUAGCCUUUGGCAACCAGGACAGCCAGUGUUUAGCUGCGGAGGGGAUUUUCCAUCCCUACUUUAGGAGGCGAUCGAGGGUCGGUGUUGUUUGAACUUCCAGCCGCUACUUUCGGAAGGGAAGUUCCCUCGGCUACGUGCGUGCGGCAGCCGAGCGCCCGAAACAACCGCACCGGGACCAGUCCCCACCGAAGGAGCCACCGCUCGGGAUCCGCAAGGGGCAGGGGCGGUGUCCGGCGCAGGGGCAGCGUCGGGGACACGGGCAGUGUCCGGGGCAGGGGCGGUGUCCGACCCCCAACCCCGGCGGAAGGGCGGGCCCGGGCGGCCUCCCAGCGACAGCUCCGCUGCCGGCCGUGCUGCAGCAAUAGCAGAGCUCCUCAUUAAACCCCAUUCUUUGUGCAGCAGUAAAAUGCUGUUCCGCUUCGGCGUGGUGCUGCCCGCCCGGGUGACGGAGGGCGGCGCGGAGCUGCUGGUGGCCGGGUCGCGGCCGGAGCUGGGCGAGUGGGACCCGCGGCGCGCCGUGCCCAUGAGGCGGGCGCGGCCGAGCGCCCCGCUGCCCGCCCAGGAGCCCGCGCUGUGGCUGGCGGAGGUGGCGCUGCCGGACGAGGACGCCGCCAGCCCCUUCUGGUACAAGUUCCUGCGGCGGGAGGGCGGCCACUUCCUCUGGGAAGGCAGUGGGCCCCAUCAUGAUCGAAGUUGUGUUUACAACCAGAGCAAUAUAGUAGAUGGAGUUUACUGCCUCCCAAUAGCACACUGGAUUGAAGUCUCUGGGCAUACUGAUGAGAUGAAACACACAACUGAUUUCUAUUUUAAUAUCGCAGGACAUCAAGCUAUCCAUUACUCCAGGAUUCUGCCAAACAUCUGGCUGGGAAGUUGCCCUCGGCAGCUGGAGCACGUGACCAUCAAGCUGAAGCAUGAGCUGGGUGUUACAGCUGUGAUGAACUUCCAGACUGAAUCUGACAUUGUUCAAAAUUCCUGGGGCUGCAACCGCUACCCAGAACCCAUGAGCCCUGAAAUCCUUAUGAAACUGUAUAAGGAAGAAGGUCUUGCCUAUGUCUGGCUGCCAACUGCAGACAUGAGCACUGAAGGAAGAAUCCAGAUGUUGCCACAAGCUGUCUGCCUCCUGCACGGGCUGCUGCAGAAUGGACACACUGUCUAUGUUCAUUGCAAUGCUGGUGUUGGCAGGUCUACAGCUGCUGUCAGUGGCUGGCUGAGGUACGUGAUGGGAUGGAGCCUGAGGAAAGUGCAGUACUUUUUGGCUUCCCGGAGACCAGCUGUCUACAUAGAUGAGGAAGCUCUGAAUCGUGCUGAAGAAGAUUUCUACCAGAAAUUUGGGCAUCUUCGUUCUUCAUACCAAAUAGAAGAGUAGAAAAGCAGAAGAAAAGGAAGGUGAAGAGGAAUCCUUACAUUUGAACCCCAAGGACUUAGAAAUUUCUGUGACUCAGGCACCCACCUCACCUCUUCAGGUUAUAAGCUUCUUGUAAAAGUUAUGAGAAUUUUGUUUAAAAAGUGCCUUAGAGUUUUUUAUUUGCUUUCUUUAACCUGAAACGAUUCAUGUUUUCAAGCCUUUUGGUGCAAUUAUGAGACCUAGAAACUGCAAAUGAGAUUUUCUUUUAACUACUUGCCUAUAGGAACAGAGGUUUUAGGGCAGACACUAAUCAAGAUGUGAGGUGAAAGAGUGUUGGCAAUAAAAAGUGACAAGAAAAAAAUACAAAGAUUGACUGGAUUAAGAUUCAGGUUAGGAUGGAGCAGACCAUCAUCAAAGCUGCUCAGUUAUUUUAAGCAGAUAUAAGAUUGUUGCAGUGUUUUGUAGUAAUUCUGUAGACAAGUGGUAUUGAUGAGAAAGACCAGAAGGAAAUUGAUUCUUCAAUUCAGUGUUUAAAAACAAAAAGCUAAUGUCUAAUGCAGUGAACUAAGAUUUGCUCUUUGUCCAUCUAGUUAAUGUUAAGUAUUACGAGCUUCAGCUGUAUUCUUUUAUGACAUUGGGCUUAUGCUGGGCU